AUGUAUGAGCCUGCCAUGGGAGCGCAUCCGGACACCAUAAUGAAUCAACAAGACACGUCAUCAGCAAGACAAACGGUACAAGACGCGCCGGCUUGGUCUGGGGCAUCUGCGAGCUUGAACCAUUUUGACUUCGCCUCCGCUCCGUCCAGUGUUUCAAUGCCAUCCUUCGAUCCCGCAAUCAAUGCACUUGCCGAUCUAUCAUUCACACAACCGCCGGCGACUUCCAUGCCCGAAGAGCAGCCAGGCGUCUUUCAACCCAGGGAUUUACACGACAAGAAGAGAAUAAAGGUUGAGCCGGAUAUACCCGCAUUGGACUCUAUAGAUUAUUGGCUCUCGUUCGACGAUGAUCUUGACAACAUGGGCAGCUUUGAGAUUGACUACUCCAAGCGGCUGGAAUCUCUCCCACAAAAUAGAUCCGGCCUGAUGACGGAAAUUAUGCCUGGCCUUGGCACCGGACUGUAUACUACAGCUCCCGCGCCUUUCAGAGAGGAGGAUUUCUUCGACGAUAGUGCCUUCGAGCAAGCCCUCUCCGAGGACGAGGAAAUGUUUGAGACAACAGACGAGGUCGAUGACGGAUCGACGCAGCCUGGCGAGACAUUGGCGUCUCGGCAGUAUAUCGAAAACGACCCCGCCGGCUUCAAAACCCCCCCAACUCUAAACAAAUCGCAGCCUGGCCUGCUCCCUACCUCCAGCACGGCGACAGAUGACCCGAGGCAUGUGGGGAAGAAUGCCUGCGCUCAGAGCUCCGAUGCCCAUGAGCAGCGGCGAAUGCUUGAGGAAGCUCUGAACUCGGGGAGGAUACCUGGAGCAUUGCUCCCACCAAACGGAUUUGGGAUCGGCUUCGGCGCGGGCAUGGGGUGCAGACCAUCGCAAGAACGGGGAAAACGGCCAGCGAGUCAGCAUGUCCAACCUGCGAAAAGCCAACCAAGGCCAAUACGCGCCAAAGAUGGCAAUGAAUCCGAUGAAGCCGACUCCAAAAAGCAGACGAGGCCAGCCGCCACAGCCAGAGCGAGCUCGUCCAAGAGAGCCGGACCCUCGGGGCAGCCCAAACCCAGGCCUGCCGACAGAAUAGCCCACAAUGAUGUCGAGCGGAAAUAUCGCACCAACCUGAAGGACAAGAUUUCCGAGUUGCGCGCUGCCGUCCCAGCCUUGCAAGCCUCCAGCCGCGACGGGGAACCAGAAGGCGGCUCCGCAGGAGGCCAGCGAAGCGGUGUCAAGAUAAGCAAGGGCACCGUCUUGACGACGGCAACUGAAUAUAUUCAUCAUCUCGAGGCUAGGAAUAGGGCCAUUGCCCAGGAACAUCAGCAACUCGCGCGGAGACUGCAAGCUUUGGAGACGCUCCUCAAAGGCGUGGGUCGACCAGGCGACAAGAUGAUGCCGAAUUACAGCAUGACGCUCUUCGACCCGCGGGGAUUCUGUUGA